AUGAAGAGGAUGCGAGAGCCCUCUGAGAAGUCCAAGACGGCGAAGAAAGCUAAGUUGGGAGAAUCCUCUGGAUCAAGACCCCCAGUUCCUCUGGUUGGCUCUCCAGCUCAGCUCCAAUCCCGUGCUCUGGCCUCUCAAAAGCCAUCACAUCCUGAACCUGAACCUGAAGUCACUUCCCCACCACCGGAACAUCCAAAUCCAACCACAUUUGAACUACAACCAUCUAAACCAACCCACUCUGAACCACAUCCAUCUGAACCAACCCACUAUGAACCACAACCAUCUGAACCAACCCACUCUGACAUACCACCACCCAUCACUUCUGCUGAACCAACAACUCCCACACUUAAUCUAAAUGCCCCCAUCUCACCUUCCUCACCCUCCCCAACCUCUUCCACUGAACCAAAAACUACCCUUCUUACCCUUGAAGAAGCAAUUAAAGACGCUGGGAUCAGACUCCAAGAGUGCCUAGCCAGAGAAGCUGAGGAACAGGCAAGGAAGGAAGCUGAAGAGAUAGCGCAUCAAGAAGAACUUCAGAGAAUCAGAGAAUCUGAAGAAAAGGCUAUUGCUGCUGCUGCUGCUGAGGCUGAGGCAAAAGCUAAAGCCGACACUGAAGAAGCAGCUCGCAUUGCUGAAGAAGAUGCUGCCAAAGCCAAAGCUGAUGAAUUGACUCAGGGGGAGCACUCCAACUCUGGGUUCGUCCCUCUGGUCUUGAAGAAUCUCGAAGAACUGCAGAAAGAACAACAGAUAGUUCGAGCCAAACUGGAUCAACAAGACUCUAUCAACGUUAACAUUCAGAACAUGCUGUCCCAGCUGCUCCAAAGGAUUCCCCCGCCUCUAAACCCUUAG